GACUCGAAUUUUCGCUAGCUCUCUCUCUUCCUUGGUGAUCGGUUAGGCUACCGCGUGGUCACGGGGCCGAUUAACGCUCUGAAUUCACGGUCACAAACACUACGGAAACGGUAUCCCUUUGCGAGGGUUUUAACAAAACAGGGUGAAAGGGCCGACGCCAGAACCAUAUGACUCAGUGAGCACGUGUUGGUGAGUGGUAUGCGGUGGGUUGGCAUGUUCCUGGUUGUUGUUUGCUUGUGUAAGUGUUAAAUUGGCACAUUUCCCUGUCGAGCUUUUCCGCUUGCACUCGAAGGUUAAACAAGUGAAAGUAGGUAUUGGCUUUUGGGGAGGAACCGUGAAAAUUUUCAAGUUUUAUCUAAAGUUGUUGAUUAGGAGUUUUUGGCCACGCAGCGUUUCGAUUGACUAAAAACUCCUAAUCAUAGGCCUUAGCAUCAUGGAAUAUACUUACCUGAUUAAUCAAGUAACUAAAUAGUCAAUUCAACGUCGUAGCAACGAUUUAGGGUAAGCACCACGUCAACCGAUCACCACUGAAUAGCAUAGAUAAAUUGCUAGUUUUCCAGUAGUUUCUAAGAACAAACACCAAUUACCAAAUAGAGACAACACCAAACAUGUCGAGCACUGGCAGCACUCCCAUCAACAGCCCGCGGAAAAUCUUCGGGAAAACCGCCACCUCCGACAAGAAUGCCAUGCUGGAGUACGAAAUGAACAAGAAUCUAGAUAGCAAAUUUCGUGAGAAAGCUGAAAAGGAACUGGGUGAAACGGGAGGCGACCUGACGUACACCAAGAUACGUCAGCUGCGGCAACAGUUGAAUAUCUAUGCCGAGCACCAUCAACGAGGCCUGGGAGGCCGUCGGGAUGAUUCGUUCCUGUUGCGGUUUUUGCGCGCGAAGAAAUUUGAUGUGGACAAGGCGUUUAAGAUGAUGCAAAAGUAUUACAAAAUGAAGGACGAGUACCCGGAAAUCUUCAAGGUGUCCCCCCCAUCCGAGAUGAAGUUCAUGCUCGAGAUGCAGUGCCAGUGUAUGCUGCCAAAGCAGGACGACAACGGACGGCAGAUUUAUUUAUUUAGAGUUGAGAAAUGUGAUCCAUACAAAAUUCCAGUAGACUACGUAUUCCGAAGCAAUGUGCUCGCGCUGGAGGAUGCGGUUCGGAAUCCGGAGACGCAAAUCGGCGGUCUGGUGGUGCUGCUCGACAUGGCCGGGUUGGGAUUUGCUCAUGCUAGGUAUUUAUCUCCCCAUUUGGCUCGGAAGACGGUGCAAGUCGUUCAGGAGGCUUUCCCCAUGCGCUUCAAAGCGUUCCACGUGCUGCACGAACCGUUCUACUUCGAUGCCAUUCUGGCGGUGCUGAAACCGUUCCUGAAGGAUAAAAUUCGACGGCGGAUACACUUGCAUGGACACAAUCUGAACUCGUUGCACAAGUACAUCUCGAAGGAUGUUCUACCGGUGGAAUACGGGGGCACUCAGCCACCGUUUGACAAUACGGAAUGGCGCACGGCCAUUCUGGACAACGAGCAGUACUUUAUCGAUUUGGAGUCGUACAACACGGACAGUGGGUGUCAGGACAGUUUGGACAAUGCCGAUGCCGAUAGUAUUGAGAGUUUGCAGUUCGGCGAUACGGAAACCGAGGACAGUGAGUUCGAUGAGGACGACAGACGGGUGUUGAGUCCAAAACGCACUCCACGGUCGAUGGUGAAUAUUGAGGAAAUUUUCCUUAAGAAUGAGCUCAAUGGGUUCGGGACGAUGGGCGGGGACGAUGGGAUCGAGCUGUUGGCCGAUGGCGAUCGUCCCGAGAAGGAGGUUGAGGAUGUGAAAUAAAGCGUGUCUAUGUGAAUGGAAAGCUUUUGUUUUUUAGUUUUCGUUUUGUUUCAAAUGUUGUGGGGGAAGUGCCGGACUCUUUUUUUUUAUUAUCUUGUCUCAUAGUUUACAUUAUGUUGGCUGGAGAAAGCGUUGCGUUGCAAUUUUCCUUUUGUUUUCAGGGAAUAGGAUAGAAGAAGUAUACCACGCGGUGAGCUUUGAACCAUAAGCUUUGUUUUUUAUGUAUUGUUGGAGUGUUGACGAUUUUGUUAAAUGCACUCACACUUCUUAGAUCCUUUUGUUAUUUAAUGUGUAUCUUAUGAGUGCACAUCUUUUGCGUAAGCACUCUUGAAUUGAAUAAUUGAUAUUUCAAGACUUGACUUAGGGUAGAGAACUAUUUCGGUCUAAUCGCCGAUUUUGGGCCUAUCGAGCAGAUAACAUCGAAUAAAUCCAUGAUUUCGGUGUUAACGAACCAAUUAUGCGUUUGGUACGAUUAGAUCAAAAGCUACCGAACGAAGUCAAUAAGAACGCGUGAUAUGAAUGUUUGCACCCAUUAUUCUCAAAAACAAAACAAGCGCUCCGACCGAAUCAAGUUUUAUCUUGAUCCGGUAGGCCGAAGUGAAUUUAACGGCGUUCCAACGGCGUUUCAAUGCGUUAGGCUGAGCUUAGAAUUCGUAGGCCGAGUUUGGUGUCAAGAAGCAGUGUUAGAUUUUUAACAAUAUCGCAAAAAUGUGUUACUCUUUAUCAAACCUUACGGUACGUACGGAAAGGCAACACAAUUUAGAAGGCAUCUGCAGUGAAAACAUUCCAUUUUGUGAAGAAAUUUGUGCAUAGUUGACCCAACAUUUUUUUCUAAGCCCCACACUCAUUUUGUGGGGCUGAAUUUAAGAAAUAAUUAUUGUUAUUUGUUAUUUAAGGUUUGGGCUGCACGUGUGUUUAACGAAAUUUACCAUUUUCGUAUAUUGUUUAUGCCAUGAUGUUAAGAUUUGGAGAUAACAUGGUGACAUUGUGGAAAACAUUGCGUAAUUUACGUUUGCCAUGUAGAAAAAUAUAGGGAGCAAACCUGUUUUGGACCAAAAGCUGUUAAUCCGGUUGGCUUUAAUGCAUCAUAGAUUCAAGUUCAUUGAUUUCAAUAAAUUUCAUGCCCACAGUUUGGGGUAAACCAACCGAAAAAUCGGUGCCUAAAUGCAAAGAACCAAAGUCAAUAUAUCAAGACCAAUAAUUCAAAUGGCCUUAACUCCAUUUUGUAAACAAACCUUGUA